AUGGCAGAAGGAAAAGGAAGAGUUUGUGUAACAGGAGGUACAGGUUUUCUUGGUUCAUGGAUCAUCAAGAGUCUCCUUGAAAAUGGUUACACUGUUAAUACCACUGUUAGAGCUGAUCCAGAGAAAAAGAGAGAUCUUAGCUUUCUCACAAAUCUUCCAGGAGCAUCUGAAAAACUAAAAUUUUUCAUUGCUGAUCUUGCCGAACCAGAAAGUUUCAACCCAGCAAUUGAAGGGUGCGUUGGAAUAUUCCACACCGCCGCUUCGGUUGAUUUUGAAGAGAAAGAACCAGAAGAAAUAGUGACAAAAAGAAGCAUUGAUGGAGCAUUAGGAAUUCUUAAAGCCUGCAAAAACUCUAAGACUGUGAAGAGAGUGAUUUACACUUCAAGUGCUUCUGCUGUUUAUUGUCAAGACAUAGAAAAAGCAAAGGAUGUAAUGGACGAAAGUUAUUGGAGCGAUAUAGACAUUCUUAGAAAUCAUAAACCAUUUGGUUGGGCUUAUUCAAUUUCUAAGACACAAGCGGAGAAAGCUGUUCUCGAGUACGGACAACAAAAUGGGUUGGAUAUUGUGACUAUUAUACCAACUAUUAUUGUUGGAGCCUUCAUUUGCCCUAAGCUUCCUACCUCUGUUUAUGGUGUACUACCUUAUUUAUUUGGUAAUACUGACCACAGUCCAAUAUCUCGUUUCCAUAUGGUGCAUGUUGACGAUGUUGCGCGAGCACAUAUAUUCUUACUUGAACAUCCUAAUCCAAAAGGGAGAUACAAUUGUUCACCAUUCGUUGCAACUGUUGAGGAAGUAGUUGACAUUGUUUCUUCAAAGCAUCCUGAAUUUCAAAUUCCAAAGUCCAAAUUGCUUGGGGGGCCUAAAGGUCUAGAGCUUCCACAUUUAACAUCAAAGAAACUCACUGAUGCUGGAUUUGAGUUCAAACAUAGUAUUGAGGAAAUGUUUGAGGAUGCCAUUCAAAGUUGCAAGGAAAAGGGUUUAUUUUGA